CACUUGAUGCAUGAAAUAGAUGUGAAAUUGAAUGUAUAUAGGCGUGAAAUUGAAGUACAGGCACUGAUCAAAGUAACGACUGAACUGAUGAACUCCUCUGAUUUGUAAAAACACUUGUGUUUUUGCCAAUGCAAAUGAGUGCCUUUCGAAUUUUUGAGACUACUGUAUGUAUAUCAGUUUUGUUCGUAGCGGUUGCGGUUUCGCAGGGGGAACAGCCGCCACCUAGAGAGCCUAUUGGAGAAUCAGGAAAAUUUGAGUGGUGUAAAAAAGCGGAAUGCGUUGCCAACCAAACAAACUACAAUACCUCGCGCUUCCACAAGAUACGAGAUCUCCAGAGCGUGGACACAUCGCCGGGCGUCUGGGAGAUCUAUUUGGGGCUGUGGUCCACCUCCACCAGGUUGUUAAUCCUGCUGUCGCAACACAACAGCAGCACAAAUCUGGGACAAUAUUAUGAAUUCAGUCUUGGAGUCGAGACUCCAGGCAAGAAUCGUGGGCCCGCCUUUUCGCAAGUCAAAUUCAGAUAUAAAGAAGGCGGCGACGAGGAGCGGAAAAACAUAACGUUUCCCCAGAGGCGGCCCUGGCUGCUCCCGUGGCAGGAGUUCGGAUCCUUCGUCAUCAGGUUCACUCGGGUUACUCGAGACCCUGGACAUAACCUCACCUUCGAGCAGGUUGGUGCUGACAUGACUGGCAAUAAGGUACUACUCCACCACCGUAACAGUGUCAAAAAUGCUCGGAAAAUAGAAUACAUCGCCUUUGCCGCCGAGGAUAAGAUGGAGUCAAAAAUAUUCUUCGAUUGUCCAAAUCCUCGUCAUGCGAACGCACAGUUCAUUAUAAAAAACAGUGUGCCCAGACUGGCCCAUAUAGACGCGCCAACUUGCCGGCCCGACCUGUGUGAUCAGUGCCCGCGCGUCUACCUGCCGGUGUGUUCCUCCGACUUCAAGACCUACCGCAACGAGUGCCUCUUCCACUGCCAGCGACCCAUCAACAGCACCACCAAGGUGCUGCACAAGGGACUGUGCAUGCACUGGCUGUGGCAGAACUAAGCUCUUAAAAUUUUAAAUUAAAUGACUAAGGAAGUAAUG